AGCGUCAUUACUGAAGGUGACUGCUACACUGAACGGAGGUCCUAACCCACAUUUUGUUUUGUAAACAUUUUAGUGUCCAGAAAGUCACCAUGCAGUUGAUACCGUCCAUCUGUUGUGCGUUUAUGUUGGUGUUGCUCUACAUCGAAUGUGGUUCAGCUUUAAAAUGUCAUGUAUGUAAUUCUUAUGCACAAGAAGCUUGUGAAAGCAUUAAUGGAAACAGCACACAGUUUUUGGUCACUUGCCCUAGUGAUGCUACAGCAUGUAGAAAAAUGGAACAAAGAUUAACUUAUAAUAAGGUGGAACAUAUUCGAUAUGUACGUCAAUGUGCUACAAAUGAAGUUGAUAUGAAAUGUAAAGAAAGAAGUGGUACUAAAGGUGUCAAGAAUUUCUACUGUAAUUGUGAUAAAGAUGGUUGUAAUACUGGAUCAACUGUAACAUUUUCCUUAUCUUUGUUAGCAGUCACUUUCACCUCUAUGUUCAUGUACCUUAAACUCUAAUCAAUCUUUCUUGUGUUUAUAUGUUUAUUGCAAAAAUUCUAAAACCUGAUGUUUCUAUAUGCGUCAUAAAAUGUUUAUGUUGUUUUUUAAUCUGUUGAAAUUACAUGAAUUUGGUAUAAAAAAAAAUAUUAAAUUUGUUUGCAGCAAUUCAGAUUACUCUUUGCAAUUUUAUUUGAAUUUUAAUGAGUAUUGAGAAGCUAGUGUGUGCUUGAGUGGAUGUUUGUGUGAGAGCAUCAGUUUCUGUUGAUUUUAGAACUUUAAAAUGUUAAGAUUUUAAUAGAAAGUAACUUAGCUAAUUAGAGAAGUAUAUAUAUAUAUAUAUGGCAUAUGUUGUAAUUUUUCUGCAUUACUUCAAAUAAUUUAUAGAACUGAGCUUGUUAAAACUAGACAAUUACUCAAAUUUUGUUUGAGAUUAUGAUUGUAACAUUCCCCAUUUAUUUCAUUUGUGGAAAUUAAUUGUUCAGGAAAAUGUUAUACUUUUGAUAUUUUUGUAUUGUUCACUAAUGUUGAGAUAGUUGCAUUUAUAUUUACAUCAGAAUAACUUGAAGGAAAGAGAUGCACUGUAUUGUUGUGACCUCAUAGAAUAAACUAGAAUAUCUUAGAAAUUUACUUUUUUAGUGCACAUCAGUUUUUACAUGUUACAACACCAUAUCAGAAUAAAUGAAAUUUAAAUUCAAAGAGUGUUUUGAAUUUUUGUUUGAUCAUUACUUUCCCCAAUUCAGGGAAAUGGCAAAUAUUGUUAUUUUAGUUAUAUUGUAUUUGAAGAUGCAUUAUGAGCAUGUCUUAAAUGUGGCAUUUGACAGAAAGUAUAGGUAAUCUUUAAAAGUACAUGGUCAAUCUAUGCUAUUAUAUGGAAGUACAGGUUUAUAGAGUACUGAGGCGUUUUUGUGGGCCGAUUCGAUUAUUUAGAUUAUCUAUUUUGUGCGUUUGUGAGCCAGGACAAUUAGGUUAAUAGGUACAUUUGUGAGCCAGUUUACCUAAACUGAUUUGCCUAAUCAUCCCAGGUUGUGGUUAGGCGAUUCGAUUAGGCCUGUCCAAGAUGGCGGCAUGUGGAAGUUGCUAACAAAAUCAAAAUAGUGGUCUUUUAUUGGUUGUCAGCGAAGGCAGCCAUAUUGCCAAAUCGUCGAUUUGAAUUUCGCAUUUGUGGACCACUGCUAAUCUAAACCAAAUUGCACCUAAUCGAAAACGCCUUAGGUAAUUGACUAAAAUAAAAGGAUUAUC